CUUCUCAUGGAGCCCCCAGCUUGUAUAUUCCUUUUCACUUGUGUCCUCCAGCUCAGCCACACCUGGUCAGUCAAUAAUUUCCUGAUGACUGGUCCAAAGGCCUAUCUGAUCUACUCCAGCAGCGUGGCCGCUGGUGCCCAGAGUGGCAUUGAAGAAUGCAAAUACCAGUUUGCCUGGGACCGAUGGAACUGCCCCGAGAGAGCGCUGCAGCUGUCCAGUCACGGCGGGCUACGCAGUGCCAAUCGAGAGACAGCCUUUGUACAUGCUAUCAGCUCUGCUGGGGUCAUGUACACGUUGACCCGAAACUGCAGCCUUGGGGAUUUUGACAACUGUGGAUGUGACGAUUCCCGAAAUGGGCAGCUGGGGGGCCAGGGUUGGCUAUGGGGUGGCUGCAGUGACAACGUGGGCUUUGGAGAGGCCAUCUCCAAGCAAUUUGUGGAUGCACUGGAGACUGGGCAGGAUGCCCGGGCUGCCAUGAACUUACACAACAAUGAAGCUGGCCGCAAGGCGGUGAAGGCCACCAUGAAGCGCACGUGCAAAUGUCACGGCGUGUCGGGCAGCUGCACCACUCAGACGUGCUGGCUACAGCUACCCGAGUUCCGCGAGGUAGGCGCGCACCUCAAGGAGAAGUACCACGCCGCGCUCAAGGUGGAGCUGCUGCAGGGCGCAGGCAACAGCGCCGCGGGCCGGGGGGCCAUCGCCGACACCUUCCGCGCCAUUUCCACGCGCGAGCUCGUGCACCUGGAAGACUCGCCCGACUACUGCCUGGAGAACAAGACGCUCGGCCUGCCGGGCACCGAGGGCCGAGAGUGCCUGCGGCGCGGCCGCGCCCUGGGCCGUUGGGAGCGCCGAAGCUGCCGCCGCCUGUGCGGGGACUGCGGGCUGGCCGUGGAGCAGCGGCGCGCCGAGACCGUGACCAGCUGCAACUGCAAAUUUCACUGGUGCUGCGCGGUGCGCUGCGAGCAAUGCCGCCGCCGCGUCACCAAAUACUUCUGCAGCCGCUCGGGCGGAGAGCGGCUGCGUCCCAGGAGGCGGCCCUAG